AUGCACCUGCCCGGUUGCGCGCCCGCCAUGGCCGACGGCAGCUUCGCGCUGGCCGGCCACCUGCUCCGCGGCCCGGGCGCCACCCCCGCGCGGCUGCACAGCAUCGAGGCCAUCCUGGGCUUCACCAAGGACGACGGGCUCCUGGGCGCCUUCCCCGCCGAGCGCGGCGCCCGGGGCCCCAAGGAGCGCGAGCGGAGGGGGCCACGACCGGCUCAGUCCCCGGUGCCCGGAGGCGGCGUCGAGGGCUCCCCGAGGCCCGAGUACGAAGCCCCUCGUCCCUACUGCCCCAAGGAGCCCGGGGAGGCGCGGCCGAGCCCCGCACUACCGGUGGGGCCCCCCGCGGGCGACGCGAAGCUGGCGGAGGAGGAGCCCCCCAAGAAGAAGCACCGGCGGAAUCGCACGACCUUCACCACGUACCAGCUGCACGAGCUGGAGCGCGCCUUCGAGAAGUCCCACUACCCCGACGUGUACAGCCGUGAGGAGCUGGCGGGGAAGGUCAACCUCCCCGAGGUCCGAGUGCAGGUGUGGUUCCAGAACCGACGCGCCAAGUGGCGGCGGCAGGAGAAGCUGGAGGUGUCAUCCAUGAAGCUGCAGGACUCGCCGCUGCUCUCAUUCCGCCGCUCUCCGCCCUCGGCGGCCUUGGCGCCCCUG